AAGGAAGUAGCGAAGUAUUAGAAGUCACAGAGAAGUGUCAGUGAGAGCGCAGAAUGGAGUCGGAGAAGCAACUGCAGGAGACACGGGGAGGAUCAGAUGGGAACAGUGAGAGGAGUGAGGAGUCACAUAAAGAUGUGCGCGGCUCUUCCAUUAAAUACCGCAAGUACUCGAUGUUGGACCAUAGGAAAGUCCCCAAACCGCUCAGACUGGAGAUUGAAGUGACAGAUACAAGCAGCGAAGAGGAGAUCAAAUACCUGAGAACUGACAGGGACACUGACAUGCGCAGUGUGGUUAACAGGUACUUGAGCUUAAGAAAAUGUAAUGAUCUCUACUCUGCAACUAUACGCUGCCUGCAGUCUGCAUUGGCUGAUGCAGGAUUCUACUAUGUGGGGCCUGGGGACCGGGUGCGGUGUUUCUCCUGUGGGGGAGAGUUGGAGAAUUGGGAGCGCUGGGAUGUGCCCCUCACCCGACACCAACAAUCCUUCCCUGACUGUCCCUAUGUGCGGGGGGGGCAGAGAGCUGCGGUGUUUCCCAUCAAUGCUCAAUAUCAGUAUCUGCGUAAGGAGUCUCCAUUGUUCCAUAUGAGUGAGAGACCCAGUCAGAAAGUUCCCAGCAGCUCUAAUUGUCCCACUGUACAGGGACAGAUAAAGGACCCGGAUUACAGUAAAGUGAAGUCUAUUACAGAAGGGGAGAGUGAGACAUCAGCGCCCCCCAGUGGCUCCAGUAUCUCAGGGCAGAAACCCCUUCGGACAAUGAGUGAUGAAAACAACAGGUUAGAGACUUACCGGGGGCACCGUCACCAUUUCCCAUAUAACAACCAGCGAAGCUUGUCCCGGGCAGGAUUCUACUAUGUGGGGCCUGGGGACCGGGUGCGGUGUUUCUCAUGUGGGGGAGAGUUGGAGAAUUGGGAAUACUGGGAUGUGCCCCUCACCCGACACCAACGCUCCUUCCCUGACUGUCAUAAACUGUGGGGUCAAUAUCAGUAUCAGCAUAAGGAGUCUCAAUUAUUCCAUAUGAUGGAGAGACUCAGUCCGACAGUUCCCAGCAGUUCUAAUUGUCCCACUGUACAGGGACUGAUAAAGGAACCGGAUUACAGUAAAGUGAAGUCUAUUACAGAAGGGGAGAGUGAGAUAUCAGCGCCCCCCAGUGGCUCCAGUAUCUCAGGGCAGAAACCCCUUGGGACAAUGAGAGAUAAACACAACAGGUUAGAGACUUACCGGGGGCACCGUCACCAAUUCCCACAUAACAAUCGGCAAAGCUUGUCCCAGGCAGGAUUCUACUAUGUGGGGCCUGGGGACCGGGUGCGGUGUUUCUCAUGUGGGGGAGAGUUGGAGAAUUGGGAAUACUGGGAUGUGCCCCUCACCCGACACCAACGCUCCUUCCCUGACUGUCAUAAACUGUGGGGUCAAUAUCAGUAUCAGCAUAAGGAGUCUCAAUUAUUCCAUAUGAUGGAGAGACUCAGUCCGACUGAAGUGGAGUCUAUUACAGAAGGGGAGAGUGAGAUAUCAGCGCCCCCCAGUGGCUCCAGUAUCUCAGGGCAGAAACCCCUUUGGACAAUGAGUGAUGAAAACAACAGGUUAGAGACUUACCGGGGGCACCGUCACCAUUUCCCACUUAACAAUCGGCAGAGCUUGUCCCGGGCAGGAUUCUACUAUGUGGGGCCUGGGGACCGGGUGCGGUGUUUCUCCUGUGCGGGAGAGUUGGAGAAUUGGAAGGACUGGGAUGAUCCCCUCACACAACACCAAAUCUCCUUCCCUGACUGUCCCUAUGUGCUGGAGCUGGAAGCCAAGGGGCUACUGAAUCUAUCUACUGAAUUAAUUGAAUGUAUGAAUUACAUGAAUAAUCCUGGUUUGUCCCAUAUAAAGAACACAGGAGAGACACUCAGUUGGAUCUUUCCGAGCAGCUUUGUGACCCAUUGUGACAAGACUAAGCCCACAGAACUGGAGCCUGGCGGAAAUCUCAAAAGACGACUGUCAUUACCUGAAUUUCUUGAGGAGACUGAUGCAAAUGAGACUAAAAAAGCAGGUCAACGUCAUAGAAACAAAUCAUUUAAAGCAAAGAAAAAGAAAAAAGAUCAAGAAGAGGGACUUUCUGGCCCAAUAAAAGAGGAGGCUUCCGGCCAAGUGGAAGAAGGAAUUUCUGACCAAGUGGUAGUGGGGGCUUCUGGCCAAGAGAAAGAGGGGGCUUCUGGCCAAGUGGAAGAGGGGGCUUCUGGCCAAGUGGAAGAGGGGGCUUCUGGCCAAGUGAAAGAGGGGGCUUCUGGCCAAGUGGAAGAGGGGGCUUCUGGCCAAGUGGAAGAAGUAAUUUCUGACCAAGUGGAAGUGGGUGCUUCUGGCCAAGUGAAAGAGUGGGCUUAUGGCCAAGUGAAAGAGGGGGCUUCUGGCCAAGUGAAAGAGUGGGCUUCUGGCCAAGUGAAAGAGUGGGCUUAUGGCCAAGUGAAACAGGGUGCUUCUGGCCAAGUAGAAGUGGGGGCUUCUGGCCAAGUAAAAGAGGAGGAUUCUGGCCAAGUGGAAGAAGGAAUUUCUCAAGUGGAAGUGGAACCCAGAGUUCAGAAAGAAGAGACACGUGACUGGCCCAGAGGAAGUGCAGAGGAGUGUGAGCUCUGUGGAAAGAUUCUUGAAGUUCCACGAAUCAGUCCCCAGAGAAGUGGCACCAAAUACAGGUUAGUGGUGCCGGGGGAAGGUCUCUUCCGCUGCUCAGAGACAGGAUUACAGUUCUGUGUGGAAUCACCGGCCAAUAUUGACAUUGAAAUUGGUUCCUGGGUGGAAUUCCUGGGGCACCUGCACCAAUACACAUAUGAUAUUGUGGGGCCCCUUUUCAACAUCACAGUCAAAUCUGGGCAAGUCUCAGCAGUGUAUCUGCCCCACUACGUGUGUCUGAAAGGAGGAGACGUGGAUAAAGCAAUGUUCAGAGUGGCUCAUUAUAAAGAUGACAAUAUGAUCCUGGAAUCACCAAACAGAGUUGAGCCUUUUUAUGUUGUUCUGGAAAAUCCCACCUUCUCCCCAGUGGGGGUGAUUAAGUUACAACCAUCACCUAAUGGACGUCGGAGGAAAAUCCCAACUCACGGCGUUGUCAUGUUAUACAGCAGAUACAAAACAGGUUACACCAUUCAUCUCUACUUGAUGCCACAUGAUCUCUCAUUAAAGCAGGCUGUGCACAAUAAGGAGACUGGGAAUUGUUUUUACUGGAUGGACAAACCUCCUCGGACCAGCACUAUAUAUACUGGCACACAAUAUGUUGUGGGGGGACCGGAGGAUGCAGAAAUAAAUCCAGAGGAGCUUGAGCUGUGUUUGGAUGUCAAGUCAGAGCUGUAUAAUUACAGUGAGAUAUACCUUGAGGAAAUACAGGAUAAAAUGUACUUACAAUUAACGUGUGAAGUAAAUAACACAUCAGCAUGGCGAACUCGACUCAGGACUGAAGACUUGAUACCAAAAGCCCAAGUGACACAAGAUAAUCAGCACUUUGUGGAUAGGCACCGAGCAGCUCUGAUUGACAGAAUGUCCCACAUUGAUCCUGUACUGGAUGAUCUCCUGGGUGAUAAGAUCCUGACCCAGGAACAGUACGAUACAGUGAGAAGCAACAGAACCUCCCAGGAGAAGAUGAGGCAUCUCUAUGACUGUGUCAAGACUUGGGGGAAGAUAGAAAAGGAGAUGUUCUACAGUACAUUGUUUGUACAUAAUAGAGCACUCAUUAAGGACCUUCUAUGCAGCUAAGAGUCCUCAAACUACAAAUUUAAUAAUAAGAGGAGGCCUUGGAUGGCUACCAAAUGCUGUAUCAACCUGUACCACUGAUUCAGGGAGAGAAUUCCACAUCUUCACAGCUCUCACUGUAACAAACCCCUUCCCAAUAUUUA